AUGGGUCAAAAAAGUUCCAAGACUUCUAGAAAAUCUAAAAAUGCAUCUCAAGUAAAUAAGGAUGCAUGUCCUGAGUCUUCAGCUGCUGAUGGCUACGAAAACGAAUCGUUUGAUAGAAUGUUAUAUGAACAGAAUUCACGAUAUGCAAAGGAACUUGAAAUAGUCAAAGCUGAAAGGAAAAGAAAGCAGGAAAGAUUUGAAGCUGAACUUCGGAAAAUGAAAGAGGAGUCUAGAAAGAGAAUCGAGAUUCUAUUGAAAUGCAUUAUGGCGAGACAUCGAUUUGAGGAGCAGGAACAAAAUUGGAAGGACUGGAUAUUGGGUUGCAGGCAAAACAUUGUGCUGCUUCUGAGGCGCUGGAUGGAUUUUGUUGAGGAACAUGAAGACUGGCCGCGGAUUGAAAAAACAGAUCAUCAAGAGUUUUUGAGAGAAUCGAGUUAUCUUUCCGGGUGCACCAUGAUAACCUACAACGCAAUGCAAUACGAUUUCGAGUUCUUGGAAGAGAUUCAGGAAAAAUUUCCAGGCGCUUCAUUUGUUAAAGUUCUGAAGGUACGGGGUUUUACUUUUUUGGUUCUGUUUCUGACUGCAAACUUUCAGAAAUGUCUUGUUGAUUGUGGUCAGCUGUUACUGGAUAUCUACAGUACUAUCCAGAGUUUGAAGCUCGAAAAAUCAAAGAUUGAAUUACUGAGGAAUCAAUUUGGAAAGCUUAAACCUGAUUUGAUCUACUCUACGUCUCAACUUCGAAAAAUUAGCAUGGAUCCGGACUUCGAAAAAAACUAUGAAAUUGCAAAGUUCCCAAAUAUCCCCCAAACUACUCCCCACGAGCUGUAA